AUGAAUUGUCGUUUGGGUGCCUCAGUAGCUUUAAUCGUUACGAUCCUUGCCCUGGCAGGAUCAGUACACUCCGCCAGUCGUCGUACUUUUUUGCCCAUUGAAGAAUCGGUACUUUCGGGAACACCACGCGAGGAUUUAAAUUAUCGCCUACCGAAUGACACCUUACCCUCACAUUAUGAUAUCGUUCUGACCACUCGUGUCGAUGAGGGUAUUCGUGAUUUUAACGGUGUUGUAACCAUCGAUAUUACCGUUCUGGCCGAAACCAAUAAGAUCGUUUUAAAUGCUCGCCAAUUGGAAUUCAAUUGGGCAACAGUACAACAAAGCGGUAGUAGCGAAGAUGAGGUGCUAAAUAUUGCCUACGAAGAAAGUCGCGAAUUUUUGACAUUGUCCCGAAAAGUUGAAACACCCUUCGCCAAGGAUACUAAAUUGAAAUUAACGGUUGAUUAUUAUGGCAAGUUGCGUAGUGAUAAUGCCGGAUUCUAUAUGACCACCUAUAAAGAUGUCGAUGGUAAACAGAGACCUCUGGCUGCUACACAAUUCGAGAGUACCAAUGCUCGUCAUGCCUUCCCCUGUUACGAUGAUCCCGGCAAGAGGGCCACCUUCAGAGUCACCAUCAAUCACAGUCCUAAAUAUACCGCAAUUUCCAAUAUGCCUGUUGAUGAGACAGCUACCACUUCCGGUAAAACUGUUUUCCAAACCACACCCAAUAUGCCCACCUAUAUUUUGGCCUUUAUCAUUUCGGAUUACACAUAUAAAGAAGGCGAAUUUAAUGGUUUGAAACAACGUUUAUAUUCACGUCCUGGUUCGGAAAAUGAACAAGAAUUCGGAUUGGUAGCGGGUAUGUUGAUUACACAACGUUUGGGUGAAUAUUUCGGCGUUGAUUUUAUGUUGCCAAAAUUGGAUCAAGCUGCCAUACCUGAUAAGGGUGGUGCUAUGGAAAAUUUCGGUUUGGCUACAUAUGGUGAACAUAUCUUGUUGUAUAACCCGGAGAUUUCAACGGUUAAUACUCAAACGAAUGUGGCCAAUAUUAUCGCUCAUGAACUUGCCCAUCAAUGGUUUGGUGAUUAUGUGACAAUUCAAUGGUGGACUUAUUUGUGGUUGAAGGAAGGAUUUGCCGCUUUGUUCUCGUACAAGGCUGCCGAUGAGGCCUUCCCAGAAUGGGGUAUUUGGCAGCAAUUCCACACUGCCGAAUAUCAAUCGGCUUUGGUUAGUCAAGGUGUCGACAAUCCCCGACCAAUGUCGGCUUAUGUCCAAACGCCAGCCGAAAUUUCGAGCCUCUAUGACGAUGUGUCCUAUGCUAAGGCUGGUUCCGUAUUGAGCAUGUGGAAUCAUGCUUUAACCGAUCCCGUUUUCAAACGAGGUCUUCACAACUAUUUGGAUGCCAACCAAUAUACCUCCGCUGUGGAGAGUGCUCUUUUCGAUGCUAUUCAAAUUGCCGCCAAAGAGGAGAAUUACGCCAUACCCGCCACCAUUGCCGAUAUGAUGGGUUCAUGGACCCAACAAGGUGGCUAUCCUCUACUCACCGUUAAACGUAAUUACGAAGACGGAUCCUUCACCGUUAGCCAAGAGGCAUUCUACAAUAAUGAAAAUACCAAAUCCGAUAAAUUGUGGUACAUUCCCAUUAAUUACGCCAGCCAAUCGAAAUCCGAUUUCCGUAAUACCGAAGCCAGUGAUUAUCUUCUCAAGGUACCCAGCAUUAAAGUGGAUGCCAAAUUGGGCAAAGAUGAAUGGUUGAUUUUGAAUAAACAAUCCACCGGUUUCUAUCGCAUCAAUUAUGACGAACAAAAUUGGAAGAUGAUUGUCCAAGGUCUCAUCGAUAGCCCUUACCGUGUUCAUUCUCGCAAUCGUGCCCAGCUCAUUCACGAUGCAUAUCGUUUCAGUAUCUCCAAUCGCUUGUCACACUCUAUUCUCUUGGACAUGUUAACCUAUUUGUCCAAUGAAGAGGAAUAUGCUCCAUGGGCCACAUCCCGUGCUAUCUUUGAUACCUUCAAUCGUUUCUUCAUCGAUGAUAAGGAAUAUUCGAAUUUCAAACAGUAUUUGGCCUACAUUAUCGAACCUGUCUAUGAGAAGUUCGGCAUACAUGAAGAUUCUGGUGAACAACAUUAUCACAAAAUUACCCGCAACAUUGUUAUCCACCUUGCUAAUAUGGCUGGUGUCAAAAACGCCUUUGACGAUGUCUAUGGCAAAUUCAAAACUGAAUUGCAGGGUGGUGCGACCAUUGAACCAAAUCUUCAGUCCCAAUUCUAUUGUAUCAGCCUUAAAGAUGGCUCCGCCCAAGAAUUUGAUUAUGUUUUCAACAAACUAAUGACUAUCAAUGAUCAAGCUUUGCGCAACUCCUUUAUCUCCUCGUUGGGAUGUACCGAACGCAAGGAACACCUGCAGAAAUUCUUCAGCAGCUCCAUUGACACCAGCAACUCACUGCGCGGUCCAGAACGUUUAAAUAUUCUUAGUGCUGCCUACAGCCGUAGCCAAGCCGGUCUCGAUGCUGCCAUUGAAUUUUUACAAACCAACUAUCAGGCCUAUGAUGGUUUGGCCAUAAACAGUAACAAACCUGUGGAUACUGCCAUACGUGGCAUGUCCAGCUAUGUGGUGAAUAGUGAUCAGGAAGCUAAGCUCUUGGAAUUGGUCACCGCCCUUAAGUAUAGCAUAUAUGUGAAUAGUGAUUUGGAGACUGUUGUUAAGUCCAGAAUCCAGGAUAAUUUUAAUUGGUUGAAAACAAAUCGUGGACCGAUUAUGACAUGGAUGAGCUCCUUCCGCACCAGUGGUAGUGCUAGUUUGAGCUUGUCUGUGGUCUCAAUGGCUACCGCCUUGUUGAUGGUUUUAUUUAGAUUGAAUUAA